GUCGAUGGACUCCAUCGUCUGCCUUCAACAAAUCGACCCUGCCGAGCAGCAGCUUCAUGGAUGCGCCCCUAGUGCAUUUCAUCAUGUGCAGCAACCUGGCCACAAGACGUUUGCCAAAACCACUCAGCCGAGAUCAUCGUAUAUGGUUGGCGCCAGCGAUGAGCACGCAAGCCCUUGGCCAGCGCGCGAUAUGGGUGGGGUUUUUUUUCGCCGUCCUCUUACGACACUGUGCCCAAAAACGUUCGCGAUCAAGAAGUGCGAUGCAUCUUGGCUACGGCUCUUUAAUUCCGGUCUACGAUUGCUGCCUUAGCGGCCCAGCUGCAAAAGCAGAACGCGAUAGACGCACGCACUGCAACAAGUCUCAUGCCGACUCAGGAUCUUGUACUUCUUUGCCACACGAGUCCACUGGGUCGAGUUUAGCCUUUUUGCACGGCUUGCGGCGUCCUCAGAUCCCUAUCCAGUUCCCCGCUCUCUGGUGCUGAAAGAAGUAGGUCAGACGGUUCCCGACGAAUGAGCAACGCGCAACCCCACGCUCUAGAGCGAGCACGCCUUAAUCAUUCAGCAACCCAACAUCAAGGUCUGCUCGUCCAGUAUGAUGGAUCCCUUGCUAUGCUUAGAUGUGAUCCUCUGGUCAUUGUAUUAAAGUAUAGUGUGACGCAACCACAUCGCACUCGGGCUGCAAAGCCGUUCGUCUGACAGUGAUACAGCAUGCUGACCGGACAGGCCAUAAUGCGGGAGGAUAGGCUUUAUCCAAGGGGUACCGAUACUUGCUACUUCCCACCGGAGAUUGAAUGUGAAUAUGUACAAGGGCGUUGGUACCGAUCCACGAGGCCAUGCUAGCCUGCCCGAUGCACAGCUGACCCGUAUCAUCUAUCCCGCG